AUGGAGGACCCUUUCCUUCCGCCCACCCUGCCGCCGGCGCCCAACCUCUCCGCGCCCAGCUCGCCGGCCUGGGCUCUCAACCUGACCGCGGGGCAGGCAGCCCCCGCCCCGGGCCCGCCGCCGCCCGGGCUGCCCGGCCGCCGCGUUCGCCUGGCCCUGCUCGGGGCCCUCCUGGUGCUGGCGGUAGCUGGUAACGCCACGGUGCUGUGCCGCCUGUGCGGUGGCGGCGGCGGGCCUGGGGCGGGCCCCAAGCGCCGCAAGAUGGACUUCCUGCUGGUGCAGCUGGCCGUGGCCGACCUGUACGCGUGCGGGGGCGCGGCGCUGGCUCAGCUGGCCUGGGAACUGCUGGGAGAGCCGCGCGCGGCCGCCGGCGACCUGGCCUGCCGCUGCCUGCACCUGCUGCAGGCGUCCGGCCGCGGCGCCUCCGCCCACCUCGUGGCGCUCAUCGCCCUCGAGCGCCAGCGCGCCGUGCGCCGUCCGCAGGGCCCGCCGCUGCCCGCGCGCGCCCUCGCCGCACUGGGCUGGCUGCUGGCGCUGCUGCUGGCGCUGCCCGCGGCCUUCGUGGUGCGCGCGGGGGCCCCCUCGGCGCCCCCAGCCGCCCGCGCCUGGCCCGGGGCGCAUCGCUGCCGCGGCAUCUUCACAUCCCUGCCGCGCUGGCACCUGCAGGUCUACGCGCUCUACGAGGCCGUCGCGGGCUUCGCAGCGCCCGUCGCGGUCAUGGGCGUCGCCUGCGGCCGCCUGCUCCACGUCUGGCGGCAGCGCCGGCCUCAGACCCCGGCGGCGGAGGGGGCGCCUUGGUCGGCCAGCCCGGCCCGAGCCCAGGUGCCCAGCGCGCUGCCCCGCGCUAAGGUGCAGAGCCUGAAGAUGAGCCUGGCGCUGGCGCUGCUGUUCGCGGGCUACGAGCUGCCCUAUUUCGCCGCCCGGCUGGCGGCCGCGUGGUCGGCCCGGCCCGCGGGAGACUGGGAGGGAGACGGCCUGGCCGCGGCGCUGCGCGUCCUGGGGGCGGCCAACAGCGCCCUCAAUCCCUUCGUCUACCUCUUCUUCCAGGCAGCCGACGGCCAGCUCCGGCGGCGGCUGCGGAGACUCCUGGGUGCCGUGGGCUGCGCGCGCGAGGGCGUCUCCGAGGACGGCGAGGACGCGCGCGGCCACCAGGCGCUCCACCGCCACCGCUGGCCGCGCCCGCACUACCACCACGCUCGCCGCGCGCAGGGGGACCAGGGCUGCCGGCGCCCACCCCCGCCGCGCCCCAGGCCGCUGCCCUGCUCCUGCGAAAGCGCCUUCUAG